AUGAAUUUGAAAAAUCAAUAAAAUUAUUUUUUAAUAGGAAAAAAAUCAAAGAUAAUUAAUAAUACUAACUUCAUAUACAAAUUCAAAGAUUUUCUUAUAAAUUUGAAAAUCUUAAUUAAGAAUUAGGAAUAAUAAAAAAACUCAUCCUUGAUAUUCCUAAAAAAAUCUUUUAGGCUCAAUAAUUCGUAAUUUAAUAUAUUAAUCAAUAAAUCAAUAAAUCAAUUUUUGUAUUUAUUUUAAAUUUAUGAUCAUAAUACAAGCAUCUUCAAUAUUUGCAUAUACAUACAUAAUUUUCUAAUUAUGAUUAUGCAUCUAAGGUACUCCUUUGAUAAUAUCAAAAUUAACACUUGA